AUGAGUGACAAGAAAGCAGACACAGACAUGUGGUUGAAUGCUGGCAAUAUGUUGCAAGGCAGCCUGUUCAGUAUACUGAAGUUUGACCCCAUAGUUGAAGCUAUGAAUAGUCUUCAAUUUGAUGCUGUGGCAGCUGAACCUGGUAUGUUCAGAUAUGGUGCAGAUGCAGCAGAGCAGAUUUAUAAGGAAGGUCUAAAAGAUGUACUGGUCCCCUUUAAUUACAAAGAACAAUCUACAAAACAGAUACAAAAAAGUGGAUGCAAAAUCGCAUUUGUUGGAUUUAUUGAUAAGGAAAAGGCAGAUGCAAUGGGUGUCAAUGAUGUAACAUUACAAGAUGAAAUGGAGUACAUUAAAAAAGAAGUGGCAGCACUGACGGCAGGAGACAAUGACAUCAUAAUUUUAAUGGGCAAUUUUGAGGCGUUCCUGCUCAUGGAUGAUGUGAUGAAUGACCUCAACUGGUGGGUGUGGGAGACAUUCAAGAGUAGUAGCUUUAGCAGCAGAGUUUAUAAUGGGCAGAUUGUGGGAGGUUGGACUUGGACUACAUCCAAAGGCAAGGCAUUGGAGAUGGCUAGUAUUGAAGGAGUAGAUUUGGUGAUAUACAGUGGUGCUGAGGCAGCAGAUUUCUCACCUGAUAGUAACUAUCUCUGGAAUGAUACUCAAAGAAGUAAUGGUGAAAAGGUUUACAUUGCGAGCCUGAAAAUUGAUGCUACAAAACCAGAAUCUGUCUUCACAGUGGGAGAAAUAUCUCUGACAGUCACUGAUGACUGCACAGUGUCUGAUGCAAUAUUUAAUAAUGUUUCAGACUAUGGGCAACAGAAUAUCAGUGACUCAUUCUAUGACCAAACAGUCACCCUCCUGGAAGGUAUGCAGACAGCAGUUGCCAAAACAUCUGUCCCACUGACUGGAGCUGACAAUGUAUGCCAGCUGGGAGAAUGUCUGCUGGGCAACUUGGUGGCUGAUGCAAUGAUGUCGGCAGUUUCAGCAGCGGAAGAGAUCCCGGUAAUAUUUUCUGUUUUUCCGACAUGGACACUGUUCACAAAUGUUUCUUUAACAGGUAAUAUCAGUGUGGCUGAUAUAUAUGGGAUCUUUGAGAAUGAUUCUUACAUUUAUUCUGUAACGCUGAAUGGGCAACAACUGAAAGAAAUGUUUGAAGAGGCAGUGUCUGAUUAUAGGUCACCCUCUGAACCGAUGAAAAAUUUCCUGCAAGUAUCUAAUUAUCUUCAUGCAACUUACAACCUGCAAAAUAAAGCAGGGGAAAGAGUGAAACAAAUACAAAUAUUUAAUAUCAGUGACCCUAGAGGAUUCAACACUGUGAAUUUUAAUGAUGCAACAAUUAGUUAUAAUGUAGCACUUCCAAAAUUUGUUCUGGAAGGAAAUCACUUCUCAUUUGUUAAGAGUGAAUCUUUGAAUCCUAAAUUUUAUAAGUUUACAUUCCUGGAUAGUUUGACUGACUACAUUUCGUGGAAAGGUUCACUUCAAAGCAGUGCUAUACCUGUUAUUCCAACAGUUGGUGAGAGAAUUAAAUUUUAUAAAGGAACAAGCAAUUCUGGAGAAACCUGCUAUAACAAUACAGGAGAGGUUGUAAUAAUUACUCUGGUAAUAAUUGUGGUAAUAGCUGGUGCAGGAUUUGCUGGCUGGAAGUUCCUGUACCCUAAAUAUAGAGCAAGGCGAGGAUCAAGGAUAGCACUGAUUAUGUGA